AUGACUGCAACUACGAGAAGCCAGACUAAACAGAAUCAGACACGUGUAGAAGACUUCGAGCCGAAGGAGGAAAACAAAGCCCAAGGCCAAGGUUCCAAAUCUAAACGUGCUGCAACUACAAAGAGAAAGAAAGAGACUGAACCGCGCUCCGAACGCAAACGCACACAGUCUGAUAACCAAACGAAUGCAGAGGACGCAGCGCGUUCAACAAAGAAGCAAAAGCAGAAACAGCCCUCCCUCAAACCCGAGGAAGACGUAUCGCCGGCGGGGGACGCCACCAAGCCCGUGCUGAUAAACCGGGCGCCAGUCCUGCAGCUAUGGGCCGCAUGUGUGUCGCAGGCGCUUUAUCCCGUCCUGCCAUGGGCCACGCAUUUGAGCAUCGGCUCUGCGAUCUCCACAUUAUGUGCCAUCGCCAAGGGGCGCGCGAUCGGACUGAUUGAAAAGCCGUCGGACGACCCGGCCGAGCGGGCCGAGAAGGAGAGGAAGAGACGCGCUGCCGAGGAAGGCGCCGACGAUGAGAUCAACGUCAUGCGGUUCAGGCUAUUACUAAAGGACGGAGGCGCGAUCGUCUCGGGCAGGCCGCAGAAGGCCAAUGAAGUGUUGUUGAGGAACAAGUUCGGACAAGGGGAUGAGUACGAGAGGGUCAAGAGGGCCAUGGAGGAGGCGAUCGAUACGUGGAGGAACAGAGGCCAGGAGAAAGAGUUUAACGUCAAGGCUUUUCACAUGUACGAGGAGUUUCGUCCGAGUGUACAGCGGGGGCAGGGCGGGUGGGGAAAGAAAGGUGAGUUAAGGCCAGAGAAGAUAAGGGAAGUGGUGUCGAGGGACUAA